AUGUCCUGCCUCCUCCCCCUUGUUAUUGGGUUGCUGGCCCCGCUGCUGGUUGCCGCGGGAGAUCCAGAGGUCACCAUCACUCGGGUGGAGAACCUGCCAAAUCGACUAUUCUACUUUGAAGAUACACCAGUGAUCCUCAUUCACGAUCCCGUCUCCUUAUCGGUCCUUCGAUCGGAGGACGAAGGCAAGACGUGGUCUUCCAUCGACAGCGUCGACACUGCCCUCCGCCUCGUCUCGCACCCCUUCGACAACACCAUGGCCUUCAUCAUCGGGCGCGACACCACCCACUGGGUGACGUACAACCGGGGCCACUCGUGGCAAUCCUUCGACACGCCGCUCGAGGCAUCCCUAUCCGGCGAUAUCCUAUCCUUCCACGCCGACAAGCCCGAGUGGAUCCUCUUCCAAGGCAAGCGAUGCGAAGAUACCGGACGGGGUAAAUGGGGAGGCGGGAAAACAUGCUGGGACGAAACAUCGUAUACGACCGAUGCGUUCCGCUCGGGCGUACAGCCGAUGCUGAAGCAUACGUCCCAGUGCUUAUUCGCGAGAUCAAGCGAGACGUUCAAGGACGCGCCGGAGAAGAUGGUGUUCUGUGUGGGGUUUGACGGGAAUACGACGAGGCAGGACGGGAUGUCGUAUAAGGAGAGCAGACUGUAUAGCUCGAGCGAUUGGUUUGAGACCAAGAAGUAUGUGGAUCUGGGCAUUGGGAAGAAGGCGAGGGGCGUAGUGGGGCUCGGGGUGGUUAGUAAGUUUAUGGUCGCGGCGUUGAAGGCGCCGGAGGGGGAGACGAAGCGGGCAGAUGGGUUCGCGGGCUCGAUGGGAGAUCCAAUGUCGCUAUAUGUGACCACGGAUGGCCUGACAUGGAGACAGUCACGCUUCCCUCACUCUGCGUUACCAGAUCUACGCGAAAACGCCUACACAAUCGUCGAGUCGACCACCCACUCUAUCGCAGUCGACAUCCUCACUUCCCCCUCCGCCAACAUCGGCACCCUCUUCGUCUCUUCCGGCGAAGGAACGUAUUUCGUCGAGGCGCUAGCGGAUACGAAUCGGAACGAGUAUGGGAUUGUGGACUUUGAGCAGCUGGUGGGUCUCGAAGGAGUGGGCAUUGCGAAUGUGGUAGGGAAUAGGGAGGAGGUGGUUGGGUGGGGAGAGGAGAAGAAGUUGAAGAGUUACGUGACGUAUGAUGAUGGUUCGGCGUGGAGACCUUUACCGGCACCGAAGAAGAAACUCAACGGGAAAGACUUUGGGUGCGACGUCAGUAAUCCGCUGGAAUGCUCCCUCCAUGUCCACUCGGUGACCACGCCCCACAACUACGGUCGUGUCUUCUCCUCGACCGCCCCUGGAUUUGUCAUGGCCAUUGGAUCAGUCGGGGACUAUUUGCUAGACUAUGAGGACUGCGAUACCUACCUCUCGACCGACGCUGGGCUCUCGUGGCGGAUGAUCCAAGAAGGAGCGCACAAGUAUGAAUUUGGGGAUCAGGGGAGUAUACUCGUCAUUGCGGAUGAUGAGGAAGCGACGGAUCAUGUGCAUUAUUCAUAUGAUGGUGGAGUGUCUUGGAACGAGCUCAAGUUGGGAUUGACAGUACGGACUGUUUUGUUGACUACAAUCCCGGACUCGACAUCUCAGAAGUUCCUCCUCCUCGGUACUGCCUCCCGGAAGGACUCAUCGGAUGAAGGCCGGCACGCUCUGAUCUUCCUGGACUUUGCGACUCUCCAGACCCGGCAGUGCAAAGAUAAGGACUAUGAGAAGUGGUAUGCCCGGAGUUCGGAAGGACAGCAAUGUCUUAUGGGACACAAGCAAUGGUACAAGCGCAGAAAGCUCGAUGCGGACUGUUAUGUCGGAAACAAGUUUGAAGAUCCGGUAGGGCACGAGGAGCCUUGUCCUUGUACCAACGAGGACUACGAGUGCGACUUCAACUAUGUCCGUCAAGAUGGGGACUGUGUACCUGUCGGUCCGGAACCUGUACCGCCCGGGACGUGCCAGAAUCCCAAAGACCAGUAUCUGGGUUCAUCGGGGUACAGGCUUAUCCCUGGCAACUCGUGUGAUCGGAAUAAGGGGGUCAAGAAGGAUGAGAAGAUCAAGAAGGACUGUUCGUCUGCUAGGCCGGAAGAUGGCCAGGCUUCCCAUGUCAUCCACGAAUUCGAGACGCUCAUCAAUCAACACUCCUACUUCCCCGAAUCACAAACAAUCCUCCUCCACAUGAACGACGGUACGGUCUGGCAAUCCUCAAACGAGGGUUUCUCAUGGAAACAGCUCUACCCCGAAGAGACCUUCCUCGGGGUGGUCAUGCACGCCUUCUCCCCGGAGCGCGCGUAUCUCAUAACCAACGAGCGUCGGAUCUACUAUACGACCGAUACCGGCCGUCAGUGGCUGACGAUGACGCCGCCCAUGGAGCCCAAUACCCUCUCCCUCCCUAUCCUCGACUUCCACCCCACCCAAGCCGACUGGAUCAUCUUCACAGGCUCCGUCGACUGUACGUCCACACUAUCGACGACGUGCCACGCAGCCGCUUUCUACUCCACGGAGCAUGGCCGGCGGUGGAAGAAGAUUGAAGAGUAUGUGCGGACGUGCGCGUGGGCCAGAGACGCGCGCCUCAAGAUUGAUGAGCGCGAGAUUAUAUGCGAGAGUUAUCGCGAUAAGAAGGGGAGCCAGAAGGGUGGGGAUUAUAAUCCCCUGGAGUUGAUUGCGGGCGCGAGCUAUUAUAGUAAGAAGAUAAAGCUCUUUGAUAGUGUCGUUGGGUUUGCGAGUUUCUCAGAGUACUUGCUGGUGGCGCAGCUCAACGAGAUGGCGGGGACUUUGACCCUUCAGGUCUCGCUGGACGGGUACAGGUUCGCAGAAGGGCAAUUCCCGCCCAGCAUGCGUAUCGAGAAUAGGGCAUACACCAUCCUCGAGAGCAGCACAGACUCGGUCUUCCUCCAUGUCACCAUGAACACCGCUGCUGGUAAAGAAUGGGGAAGCAUCUUCAAGUCUAACUCCAAUGGGACAUACUACGGUCUGGCCGUCGAGCAUGUGAACCGCAAUACCGCCGGCUACGUCGACUUUGAGAAGAUGAUCGGAAUAGACGGCAUCGCCGUCAUCAAUAUCGUCUCGAACCCCUCCGACGCCGAAAUCUCGGGCAAGAAGAAGCUUCAGACCCGGAUCUCACAUAACGAUGGAGCUACUUGGAAGCCGCUCACGCCUCCGGAUCGCGAUUCACUCGACGAGGAGUACGACUGCCGGUCUACAUCGUGCUCUUUGCAAUUGCAUGGAUAUACGGAGAGGAGGGAUCCGAAGGCUACCUACAGUUCGCCCUCGGCUGUUGGGCUCAUGCUGGCUGUUGGGAACGUAGGCGAGCAGCUGGCCUCCUAUACCGACUCGGAUAUCUUCCUUACACGAGACGGCGGCUUCACAUGGGAAGAGAUCCACAAGGACGCCCACAUGUGGGAAUUCGGCGACUCCGGCUCCGUCAUUGUCAUCGUCAACGACGAAGAAGCGACCGAUCAUGUCCUCUUCUCGACGGACGAAGGGUGGACAUGGACCGAGCACAACUUCGGCGAGAUGUUGCGGGUGCAGAGUAUUCAGACCGUCCCGCAGGACACGUCCAGGCGGUUCAUGCUUAUCGGCGUCAGGCCUGGGGAGAGGGGGCAGAGUGUUUUGGUUCAUCUAGACUUUUCGGCUAUUACGCAGCAGAAGUGCGAGGGGGGGCCAGCUGAUGGUUCAGGUGUCUUCGAUUCGAAUAAUCCCAACGUUGACGACUUUGAGCUGUGGUCGCCUUCGGCUACGCGUGAAGAGGAGUGCUUGUUUGGCCGCAAGACGCUGUAUCACCGUCGACUGAGGGACCGGAAUUGUUACAUCGGGGACACGAUCGUCCAGCCUCACUCUAUCCAGAAGAACUGUACAUGCACAGUGAACGACUUUGAGUGCGAGUUCAACUACUACCGCGACAAAUCCGGCAAAUGCGUCCUCGUCGACGGAGCCGCCGCGCUCUCGUCCAGCACCCAAGAGGAACAAUGCGACGGCUACACCGAGUUCUGGUACGAGCGCACGCCGUACCGCAAGAUCCCGUACUCGUCUUGCCAAGGCGGCGAGCGACCUGAUCGGGGCAAAGAACAUGCGUGCCCCGGUCUGAUUGGCGGAGGAGGAAUGGGCGCGUUCUUCUGGGCUAUGGUGGGAAUACUGCCGUUUGGAAUAGCGGGGCUCGCGGGGUACUGGUGGUACAACAAGGGCGGGGCUGGAGGGUCUAUACGGCUGGAUGAACAUCGCGCAUUUGGGGGAGAUGGGAUGCUCUCGACCGUGGCGAGCAUACCGUUCGCGCUGGUAGGUGCGGGCGUGGCGGCCUGGGGAUGGGUCACGAGGCAGGUACCGUACCUCGAUGGCUUGUUCGGGGGGAGGAGUGGACCAUAUAGACAAGUACCGAUCGAUGAUGAUGGUGAGUUUUGGUUUCCUCGCCAGAAUGUGAUGUAG